AUGUCAGAAGAACAACCUCUCUUUAGUGCAGAUUUUGAUAUUACAACAGAACAGCUUAAGUAAAGCUUUAUAUAGUCAAUUUUUUGAUAUACAUGAAAUACGAGAAGGUGCGAGCAUUAUAAAAUUAAAGACUUAUGGAGGAAUUAGCUCACUCUGCAAUUCCCUAAAAACAAAUGAUAAAGAAGGCUUAUCACACGUGACAAAACAAGAACUAAAAGACCGUAAAAAAUUGUAAAUUUCAUUUAGCUUUGGAAAUAAUAAGGCAGAAGUUCCACCUACAACAUCUUUGCUAGAAAUAGUUUUUGAGGCGCUUCAAGAUUUUACUAUCCAAUUAUUGCUCGUUGCUGCUUUAGUUUCAUUAGUGUUGGGUGUGUUAGAAGAUCCCAAUGAAGGAUGGUAUGAAGGAGUAUCAAUAAUGGUCGCCGUUUUAAUUGUCGUCUCUGUGUCUUCCGUUCAAGAUUAUCUCAAAGAACUCCAGUUCCGCAAGCUCAAUUCCGAAGUAAAGCGCUUGAAAAUAACAGUUAUACGAAAUGGGAACACAGAAGAAGUUUUCACAGAUAAGCUAGUAGUAGGAGACUUAGUUUUAUUAAAGCCUGGAGACAUUGCACCAGCAGAUGGGAUUUUAUCAAGAUCAUACGGAAUUUUAGCUGAUGAAAGCACUAUGACUGGCGAAAGCAAACUUGUAAAAAAAGGUGACAAUGAUCCUUUUAUUAUUUCGUCCUCAAUCAUCACUGAAGGCACAGGAGAAAUGAUUGUUUGCGCUGUCGGAAAAAAUUCUUUAAUGGGCAGAAAUCAAAAGCUAUUUAAAAAUGAAGUUUUAGACGAACAAACUCCAUUGCAGAUAAAGCUAGAAAAGGUGGCAAAACAUAUAGGAAUUGCUGGAGCUAUUGCGUCUGUGUUGAUUUUCAUAUUCCUUUCUAUAUUUACUGUCGAAGAAGCAAUUGUUGAUGGAACAUGGAGUUCUGACAGUACAAGUGCUAUUAUAUCAGCAUUUAUUAUAGCAAUUACAAUACUGGUUGUAGCGAUACCUGAAGGCCUUCCUUUAGCUGUCACAUUGAGUUUGGCAUUUUCCAUGAGAAAAAUGAAAGAUGAAAAUAUUUUUGUUAAACAUCUAAGUGCUUGUGAAACUAUGGGAGGAUGCCAAGAAUUGCUUAUCGACAAAACUGGUACCAUCACUAAAAACGAAAUGAAAGUUGUGAAAUUCCGAAUCGGAGGGAAAAAUGUGAGCUCAAAAAAUUCAAAAAUUGAUGAAAAUCUAGGAAUGAUUAUUGCAAACUCAAUAGCAAGAAAUACAACAGCCGAUGUACAUAUGGAAGACGAUAAACUAAUUAAGACUGGAAAUAGGACAGAAUGUGCCAUGCUGAUGUUUUUAAAAGAAUGUGGCUAUGAAUAUCAUAAUUAUAGAGAUCUAGACACACAAGCUAUGCAGCUUCCUUUUAGCUCUGACUCUAAAAUGAUGACAACUCUUCAUGUAGAUGCACAGGAAAACGGAUUUUUGUACGUGAAAGGAGCACCUGAAAGAGUCAUCGAAAAAUGCGCAUUUUAUUAUAAGGAGGAUGGCAUCCAAGGAGAAUUGACUACAGAAAUCAUUGAAAGCAUUAAUGCAACCAUCGAGAAAUGGUCACAAAAAAUGAGAAGAACAUUAGCCCUAGCUUAUAAAUCUGGCACCCUUGAAGCAUUAAAUUUGGGAAGCAAGCCAACUAAAGAAGAAUUGGAUGCUUCUUUAAAUGGCAUGAUUUUGAUCGGAAUUAUCGGAAUUGAAGAUCCUAUCAGAGAUGAAGCUGCAUCUGCACUUAGCCAAUUAAAAGAAACUGGAGUAACUGUAAGAAUGAUUACUGGCGACUGCAAAGAUAUUGCUGCAAGAAUAGGUAAGCAAUGCUAUUUAUUAUCUCCAGAUUCAGAAGUCAAUAAAAAUACAGUGCUGCUAGGAAGAGACUUUAGCGUUAAAGUAGGAGGAAUCAAGGUGGAUGAAGAUGAUGAGAAAACCACAUAUAAGGUUGGAAAUGAAGAAGAGUUCAAACUUAUUGCUGAAGAUUUAAAGAUCUUAGCAAGAUGUAGCCCACAAGAUAAAUUAUUAAUUACAAUAGGAAUGAGAAACCUAGACAGAGUGGUUGCAGUUACAGGAGAUGGCACAAAUGACGCUCCAGCUCUCCAAAGAGCUGAUAUUGGAAUCGCAAUGAUGACUGCGACUCCAUUAGCCAAAGAAUCGGCCGAUAUCAUUUUAUUAGAUGACAACAUCCAAAAUCUCGUCAUAGCUGUCAAAUGGGGUCGAAAUAUUUUCGAAAACAUCAGACGAUUUUUGCAAUUCCAGUUAACAGUCAAUAUUGUAGCUUUGUUCCUAUGCCUAUUAGGUGCAGUUAGUGUAGCUAGCUCUCCACUAUCUGCAGUCCAGAUGCUUUGGGUCAACCUUGUUAUGGAUUCUUUGGCUGCAUUAGCACUAUCUACUCAAGACCCUGACAAGAGAGUAUUAGAAUCUCAUCCUUAUGGAAAGAGUGAGUAUAUAAUCUCCAAAGAAAUGAUUUUCAGCAUAAUUGUUCAGUCCACUUACCAAAUUAUAGUCCUUACCUUAGUCUUAUUUUUAACUCCUACCUUACUUGGAAUUGAAAAUGGUUGGGAUGAUGGUGCACUCCAUUAUACCAUAUUUUUCAAUGUGUUUGUCAUGAUGCAGCUAUUCAAUCAAAUCUCCUGCCGAAAAAUAAGAAAGGAUGACUGGAACAUUUUUGAUGGAAUUGGAAGCAACUGGCUCUUUGGUGUGAUCAUUGGGCUUGAAUUUGUGAUGCAGAUCCUCUUUGUGCAGUUUGGAGGAAGCUUUAUGAAUACUGAAGAGCUAACACCUAUCACACACUUAUGCUGUAUUGCUAUUGGGAUAAGUGUGAUUCCAGUCGCGUUGUUCACGAAGUUUUUGAUUACAAAGACGCUUUAA